AUGGGUACGCCCCCCCGAAACACACCUUGGGAUGUCGAUUCCUCUCCACGAAGGCUCCCCAUCAAAGCCGUCGCAACAGAACUCUCACUUCCAAUCCACGAAAUUGAUACUUUCAAAGGCUGGGCGCCUCCUAUAUUUCCUGGUGGUCCUAUCAACCUCAUCGUGGCCGUAUCCUUUGGUCUAUUCGUGCCUCCUCGAAUUCUCAAUGCUGCAAAGUACGGAGGGUUGAAUGUCCAUCCAUCUUUACUCCCCGAUCUUCGUGGUCCUGCUCCGUUACACCAUGUCCUUCUAGCAGGUAGAACCAGAACGGGCGUUACACUUCAGACCCUACACCUUAAGCAUUUCGACCACGGCGUCAUCCUGAAACAAACUCCAGCCCCUGGCUUUGAGAUACCGCAUCCCGAAUCGUGCACCGUUCCCGAGCUUCUGGAUCUUGUAGCACCUAAAGGCGCCGAGAUACUCAUGGAUGGCAUACGAAACGGAUUGUUUGUUCCACCAGUGCAAGAUGCAGGCUGGCGUGGAUCUGAAGGCGAUGAAGCUCUGAUUCAUGCGACUAAGAUCAAACCAGAGGAUCGGCAUGCCGAUUGGCUCAAUUGGACCUGGAAAGAUAUCAGUCGGCGCCACCGAGUACUGGGCCCGUUAUGGAGUAGGACCCUCGCGGUCAGCAAUACUCCAACUGAAAGCCCAAUUUUCCAACAGCGCAGAGUGAUCCUGACUGAGUUGGAGGAAGUCAACUCGCUGAAGGGUUGCGAGGCAUUUUCUCUCGUUCCAGGCCUGCCUUUUGUGGAUAGCGCACAACCAAUUGAUCGUCAACAAGGGCGUGGCUUAUAUGUGUUUACACGUGACGGCAAGCUAAUCCGUAUACAUCAGAUGAAGGUGGAAGGUGAGCAGAAUGCGGACGGUGUUCGUGCUGCUCUCAAAGCUCGGAUGCUCAGUGAUCGGACAUUUCAAUCAGGUUCAGGCGACUUCACUCCGUUCCACAAUCCUCUACAAUAA